AUGUCGCUCGGGUUCCUGACCGAGUCCGCGCUCGUGCCGUCCAAGGCGAAAGAGAUCAAGGUCGACGCCAAGUCUCUCGUCGAUCUCAAGGCGGUCGUGUUCCAGAAGGAAGAGGAGCGCAAACGCCGCUUACAAGAGGCCUUAACAGCAACGAAUGACGACCAUGAGGACGAGAGGUUUGCCGCGGGUCACCGAGCUCUUCGUUUUGGAAAAUAUUCGCAUUUGCGCGGGGGAAACAAGCGCCAAAAGCAGUCGAAAGAGGACCGAGUGGGCAAGAACUUGCACAAUACUGGAGUCGAGGCUCGAGGUCAACGUGACGAAGAGCUGAAAGCGCAAGAAGCGACUCCAGCUGAAGAUGACGAUGCAGCCUGGAGCAAGAAGUCGGUCGAAAUGCUGCGCAAAAAGGCUGCAAUGUACGAGAAAAUUAUGAGUGGAGAAUGCAGGGAUUACUUGAAAGGAGAGUGUCUGGUUGAUUUUGAGGCCAAGAAGUCUAUGGCGGAGACGGUGAGGACCAAAGAGAUGAAGCUGGUGGAGAUCACGGACGUGUUUGGACGCACGAAAAGCGUUGCGGGGGAUAGUGAAGAGUAUACGAUGUUUCAAAAGACCCAGCAGCAGCAGCAGUGUCGAAGUGAGGAACGGGGUGAUACGAUGAAGAGGAAGAUUUGUGGGGACGGUGAGGGCAGAAACGACGAAGGGAGAGUCGAUGAUGGUAGUUAUGUCGUCUCGCAGUGGGACAAGCGUCUGAAUAGCUCGGAGAAACACCAUCUGAUGGAGGUGCAUGAGCAAGCAACGUCAGCACAGCUGUUGGCGCAUUCUUCCUCGUCAGGUGUGGGACAUGACAGGAAGACGAGAAAGCAAUUGCGCUUGGAGCGUCUUCGCAAACAGCGAUCGGAGGCAGCAACGUCAGGUGAAAGCACUGUACUGCCGAAUGAUGCAGUCGAUGCUGCAGCAUCCGAGAAAGCCAGUGACUUUUUGAACCAGCUGUCAGCGUUCAUGUAG